AUGGGGUUGCACCAAGGAUUAGCUCUUAGCCCAUUUUUAUUUGCUCUAGUGAUGGAUUGUCUGACGCGGCGAAUUCAAGGUGAGGUGCCAUGGUGUAUGUUAUUUGCGGAUGACAUAGUCUUGAUCGACGAGACACGCAGCGGAGUGAACGCUAAGCUGGAGGUCUGGAGACAAACUCUGGAGUCUAAAGGGUUCAAGUUGAGUAGGACCAAGACAGAGUACAUGGAAUGCAAGUUCAGUGACGUGACACAGGAGUCUGGCGUGGAAGUGAGGCUUGGUACUCAGGUCAUCCCAAAGAAAAGAAGUUUCAAAUAUCUCGGGUCUAUUAUACAAGAAAAUGGGGAUAUUGAUGAUGAUGUCUCACAUCGUAUUGGCGCAGGGUGGAUGAAAUGGAGGCUUGCUUCAGGAGUGUUGUGUGAUAAGAAGGUGCCACUAAAACUUAAAGGAAGGUUCUACAAAGUGGUUGUGAGACCGACCUUGUUGUACGGGGCAGAGUGUUGGGCAGUCAAGAGCUCUCAUGUCCAAAAGAUAAAAGUUGCGGAAAUGAGAAUGCUGCGAUGGAAGUGUGGGCACACCAGGCGAGAUAGGAUUAGGAAUGAAGAUAUCUGGGAUAAGGUUGGAGUAGCAUCAGUGGAGGAGAAGAUGAGGAAAGCGAGGCUGAGAUGCAUAAAAGUGAAAAUGACCAUUGACGAGUCAACUUCAUCUUCUGGAGCUAUGAUUAUGCUCACGGCUACCAACUACACGCUGUGGAAACCUCGGAUGGAAGAUUUCCUCAGUUGUAAAGACCUCUUUGAUCCAAUAAAGCUGAAGGGUAUUAAUCCUGACCCGCCCAAGUCAAUAGAGUGGAAGAAAAUUAAUAGAAAAACUAUUGGUCAAAUUCGACAAUGGAUUGACCAUAGUGUCUUCCACCACGUUGCACAAGAAAUCGACGCUUAUGCCCUUUGGAAGAAGUUGGAAGACAUGUAG